AGUUCCACUUGACACCAUUUGCCAUCGCUCGGUUGCUAAGUGCUUAAUGUUGCCUCCUUGUGCUAUGGUUCCUCAUCUUGAUGUAGUCCAAGUGUCCACCAAACAGGCCAUUCCUCCCUCACUUGCCUCUCCGUCAGCUCUUCCCUCUACACCUCAUUCUCUUUCUCAAAGUCCUUGGCCCACCUCAACCCCUAUCGUUACCUCAACCCCAGUUAACAUGGUUUCCUCUACUCCCGUAUCCUCCAACCAAGCCACUCUUCAUGCCGUCCCACCACCAUUGCCUCCACCACCUAGGCGCACUCAUCCCACAGUCACUCGUUCUCAAAACAACAUCUUUAAACCCAAGUCCUUACUUAUAUCAUGCAACCGUGGUCUCCACCCUCCCUUCCCUUGAACCCACAUGUGUGUCUCAAGCACUUAAAGAUCUCCAUUUGAGAUGAGCCAUGAGGAGUUCAAUGCCUUGAUUUGCCAAAAGACGUGGGAGUUGGUACCCUCUCACCCAAAUCAACAUGUUCUUGGUUG